UUUCUGUCGUGCAGGUCGUGUGCGUAUCCCUAACUCCACCUUAGAGAUAAUCAGUCUGAUUUUCUGGGAAUUUUAUACGGAAAGAUGGAUACAAAUGCUCCUGAACCAGCCACAGAGGAAGGGUUCAAGGACGACCCCCGCGAGGCUCAGAAGGACCAUGACGAUCCGCUGGCGGGGGCGACGACCUUCGAGGACCUGAUGAAGGUGGUGGGCCCUUACGGCCGCUGGACGAUCAUGGUGGUGUUCGUCUGUGCCGUUGGCAACGUUCCUUUGGCGUCGAGCAACAUGACGUACCAGCUGGUGGGCGCCACUCCCGAUCACUGGUGUAGCGUGGCGCCGCUCCUCGGUGCCAACUGGACCCAACAACAGAUAAUAUCCUUCGCCAUCCCCACCAGGAGCGACACGGGACGGCUGGACGGCUGCGUCAUGAGGGACUACAAUUACGAGGCCGCAGCGGCGCUGGGUUACGAGGGCGCCAUGGCCAACGCAUCGCUGCUGCUGGCUUCCAACGACACACUCGCCUGUCCAUCCCGGAGCUUCAACCACUCACAACAUCCGGACACCUACGUCACCGAGUGGGACCUGGUGUGUGAUCGAAGGCACUUGUACGCCAGCAGUCAAGCUGCCGUCUCUGUUGGCGGUUUCUUCGCCAGUCUGCUGUGCAGCCACAUCUUAGAUAUCACGGGCAGGCGGUCUGCCUUGGUCGUCGCCUGCCUCAUCAACAUCGUUAUGAGCUUCGUGCUGGCCUUGGCACCAAACAUCACAGUCUACAUUAUAUUAAAGGCGAUUAUUGAGAUCCUCCAAUUGAUAACCUACAUUGCUGGCUUUGUAUUAGGUGAGUUAACCGAGAAAACAAUAAUAAUUUGCUCACUGUCUAACUCCCUAUUGAAAGUGUCAAAUUAAUAUCUUUAUACUUUCAUUUCUUUCUUCGUCGGCAUUUCCUAUGAAUCAAGUUCUUUCAAAA